UUAAUUUGCAAGAAAAAGAAUCUGCUAAAACAAUUUAAUAGGAAUUUUAUAGUCAAACCAAACAACCUAAGCUGCAGCCCUGAUUGCAUUAAGUCAAACUGUAAAAUAGAGCAGCCCAUGUUUGAAUGACAAAAAUUUCUUUGUUUGCUGUUGAACUAGCAAAACACUUUUCUACUAUCAAACUUUUCUCAUCUACAAGUUUUGACAGUUCUUUGCAUCAGUAUAAAUUCUUUUGUUAAGCAGGUUAUUUAGUGAACUGUAUUCAUCAAGUUUAGUUCUCAAAGAAGGCCAUCAUAAGUAGUAGUAGUAGUAGUAGUAGUAGUAGUAGUAGUAGUAGUAAUAGUAGUAGUAGUAGUAGUUCAUUAAGCUGCUUCUCAGUUCAUGAUACCAUUAAAAUAUUUGAAUCAACUCUUAUCAGUUAACUCUUGCGCAAAGAAUUAUGAUCUACAUUGCAGUAAGGAAGAUGGGAGCCAAAAUGCAACAAAAUGGUUACAUAGAUGCUUGUCAUUUGUGCCAGGCUCAUCAUAGACUUCAACAAACCUCAGAUUCUUUCAACACUUGGUGAAAGAAGGGACUUCUUGACACCAAUCUAAGGGGAUUCUUUUGUUCUUCCUAUUAAUUGUUGUGUAUGUUCUUUUCUGCUCAGACAGUUACUACUUGGCUUGUGUUUAAGAUAUUAUUAGCCUGGGUGAUAUCCAUAUGUAUGCCUUUCCACCUUCACGUUCUACCAUUAUUACUUUGGAAUGCAGCUCUCCUGGUGGCCAGCCAAAUCCCUUUUAGGUGAGUUAGGUACAAUAAAAUUGUACAAGUGUCACAGGUAGAGGCUUCUGCAAAAAGUGCUCUCAGAUCUCCUCUGAGGUAACCAAUCUUUCAGCACUGGUGGCAAAGGACAAGAAUCAUGCAGAGGUAAAUAUCUUGCAAUGAAUAGAUUUGCUCAGUGGAUAGUGAUGCAUAAAUAUUAGAUUUCAAAUUAUAACAUCUUUUUAAUGGAUAACCAAUCCAUGACAACAUCAACACUUAAUCUGAUCCAAUGCAGUAGAGAGUGAAGCAUACAGAUCCCAAAUACUAUAUUAGAAUGGGCAUAUCAGCCACAUCCAUACAGCUUCUAUGUCUUCUUCAAGCAGUUGCCACAAUGCCACUAUAUUCGAUGCUUCCAUGGAAAUAUCUGCAACAGUGCAAAGGAGUUGAGGUUGCAGGUUGGUAUUGGAAAAUGGAAGCAAUGACAUCAUGACUGCCCUGUCUUUGGCUGGGAGAGGAGUCUUUCUGCUGAAAGAGUGGAAGCAAAAGGACUCCACACUAGAUAAGAAAAGCUGACCAUGUCUGGUGGCAAAAGAAGGAUGCCUGCCAACAAAAGUGGUGGUGUUGGCAGCAAUCACAGCAAUGGAUUCAUGGUGAUUUUGAUCACUAACCGGGAGAUAUGCUCUUUUCAGGUGUCAGUGUGAGAAGAUGCUUGCUUGAAGCACCGAGUGUGACCUGCAACCUGAUGCCAAGAUCUUGGUGGAGAGCAACUCAUUCUAAUGGAAGUUGAGUUGGCGACAGAAGAUUGGCGUUGGAAACAAAACAAGGAAUCAUUGGAUUAUGAUUUGAUGAACUUCUCAGAGGACAGUGUCGAUGCUAAAUUGAUGGUUCUGCAGCUUUGGAAUGGUAGGCUUUGUUUCUUUUCUGAGGGUGAGAGGAGAGAUAGGAGUUUCACCCACCAAACCAAGCUAAUUUCCUUAACCUGAUAAUGAGUAGCUCAAGUAAAAGAACUUCCUAAAUUAGCAUUAUGUUCCAAGCUAAAUGUUGAAUUGUCCUUAACCUAAUCAAAGUUAGAUUAUCUUUGACCAAUGCUAUCUAAUAGAUGGGUUAAUAAAGCUUUGUGUUUAAGAUAAAACAAUGCACAAAUUAGCACUUGGAUUCUCAGACUAACUCAUGGACAAAAUGAUCUCAAUCUGAAAAAUACACAAACUAAUACAACAUAACAUAAUAAUAAAUAUAACAAAAAUUAUUUCUGAUAGUUGUGAGGAAGAAAAAGUAAAUGCAUCUACACUUGAAGGACAAAUAAAUGAAGUUGAUUUGUUCAUCAGUGGAGCAAAAGUUAACAGUAUUCUACAGUGGAAGAAAGUCACCACUUUUGACAAAUGUGCCAUGCUACAAAAUGAGAACUCUUGACAUAUUGGUGUUCUUCUGGGGGGGAAACAAUCAGAGACUUUGAAAGAUGAACACAUACUCCUCCUCUUAGAGGGUGUGUUGACACUGAUAAUUAUAAAUACAAGAACAAACUUGCUGAUGAACAACAAAUACUUCUCAAGAACAAAGAUAUUGCUUUUCUUUCAAUUUCAGAAAUAAAUUUGGGUGUCAUCACUUAAUUAUUGCUUCUAAAUUUCAGUGAAUUAUGUGGCACAGUUGGUAGAAUGAAUGAUGUCAAGAAAGCGAUUUGACCACCAUAAAAGCUUUAGGGGUUGUAUGUUUGACCAGAAUGUGAGAAAUAUUUCUCUCGUGUUGCUGCAUUGCCUCCAUGUCAAUUCGGCAACAUAGAGUGCGCACCGAGCAGUGCUCUUAGUACUCGUGGCACUGUCCAUAACACUGUUCUAAGUGAUUCCAACAAGAGAUUAAGCAGAUUUCAAUGAGCUUCGGUGACUCCCAUGUUUAUCAUGCUUCAGAUUGUUUUGCAUAAUGUUGCAUGAAUCACUCCUAAGAUUAGCAGACAAAGGGCAAACACUGACCUAACAUCCCCCACUCUCGCUUGCUGCAUGUGCUGUGAUUGUUCUCUAGCAACAGUCUCUCUUCUUCCUACAGUAUAAAGAAGGAUGAUGAGAUAUAUAUAGGACAGUAUACAUGUCACAAAUCACUAGGCGAGGUUUCCUUUCUGCAUCUCCUUUGGCCUCCCUUUCGAUGCUUCCUUCUUCUCUUUCUCACAUAUGGGCACAGCACCUCGUGGCUCCAUUCCCUGUAAUGGCAAUCAUGAUGAUGAUGACUGCGACCAUCUUCCGCCCAAAUCCCUCUCCCUUCACUCCCAUAGCUAUCCCUGUCUUCACCACCAGUGCGUCACCACCAUUAGAGCUCACGCUUGCUACGUCGCUGCCCUCGCUGUUCAUGGGACGUCCGUCUACAGCGGCGGCUCCGACCAAGAGAUCAGAGUCUGGCCAUCUGUUCUUUUAGACUCGUCGUCCACAGCGAGGACUGAUCAUCCUGCAAGCUUCACUGUGGCUCAAACAGAGAGCCCGGUGAAAUCGCUUCUUGUGUCAGGUGACAACCUGUUCAGCUCUCACCAAGACGGCGAGAUCCGCGUGUGGCAGAUAAACCAGAGGGAGCAGCGCUGCUACAAGCUGAAAGCAGUUUUGCCGACCUCCAUGGACCGGUUUUUGAGCUUCCUGUCGCCCAAGAACUAUGUGCAAGUCCGCAGACACAAGAAGUGCUCCUGGGUGCACCACGUUGACGCCGUCUCCGGCCUCGCGCUCUCGCACGACGGCGCGCUCCUCUACUCCAUCUCCUGGGACCGCACUCUAAAGGUGUGGCGCACCUCCGGGUUCAGGUGCAUAGAGUCCGUCGCGGGCGCCCACCAGGACGCCAUCAACGCGAUCGCGGUGUCGCGGAACGGCCACAUCUAUACGGGCUCGGCCGACGCCAAGAUCAACGUGUGGAGGAGGAGUGGCGAGGAGGGGAAGCACUCGCUGGUGCAGACGCUGGAGCGGCACCGGUCGGCGGUGAACGCGCUGGCGCUGAGCGCCGACGACCGAGUGCUGUACUCGGGAGCGUCCGACCGCUCCGUGGUGGUGUGGGAAGGGGGCAGCGGGGGGAUGGCGGCCACCGGGGAGCUCAGGGGACACAGGAGGGCCAUCCUGUGCCUUGUGGCGGCCGGGGACGUGGUCUGCAGCGGCUCGGCGGAUAGGACGGUGAGGGUGUGGAGGAGAGGACGAGAGCAGAAGGGGCGCCACAGCUGCUUGGCCGUAAUGGAAGGCCACGGAGGGCCCGUCAAGAGCUUGGCGAUGGUAGUGCUGGAAAGCAGCAGCAGCAGCAGUAGCAGUACAUGCCUGGUUCUCAGUGGAGGUUUGGACUGUGAUCUAAAGCUGUGGAGACUCUCAGUUCCUUCUCUCUCUUAGGAGGACACCUCCCUGGCUUUGGAAGUACAGCUUCUCUUAGAUCGAAGAUGAUACUCCAUCGUCCUCCCCACGGGAUGCUUGACCACGUUCAUGGCCAUGCCUGGCCACAGUCAAAAAAGGGUUUACGGCCAUCUACCAUUGGCUUGGCCACAGUUCAAAGUAAUACUAAUUGAACGAACUGAACCUUUAAGGCCACAUGUUAUCCAGAAACCACGUAACAUAGAUGAUAGGAGAUGAUUAAAUGGCCGAGUUCUAUCACUAUAGUACCUUUAUGAGGAGCAUAUCAACAAGGAUUAGUUGUACUGUCACUUCAUCAUCACUGUGUCACACCCUUCAUGGUUUAUUUUAUGUGAUGCAUAUGUAUUGCAAAAGUAGGCCCAAAUGAUGAAUCAAUUAUGUCUGAUAUAUAUAUAUAUAUAUAUAUAUAUAUAGAGAGAGAGAGAGAGAGAGAGAGAGAGAGAGAGAGAGAGAGAGAGUAGAUUGUUUUCUUUAAAGUAAGAUAGAUUGAAUCAAAAGCCUGAUGUCCAAAGUUUUAUGAUACUAACAGAUGCACUCUUAAAGCUUACUAUAGAAUACAAAGGCCUCACAUCAAGUUGAGGCACAAUAUGAAUGAUAAAUUUGGAAUUUAAUCUGUGAAGACCUUCUACACCCACAACUUUAAACCUAAGUUCUAAGCAUACCUCCAUAAUGGAAUGUCCAUUAACCAAAAGUUUGUGAAACAGUACAUAAUCUCUUUCAUUUUAAUAACUCCAUAACUCAUAGAUGAACCUAUGUGGUGCCGAGACAUUUAGGUACAGUGUCCACCUAGACACUUUGGGUAGUGCAAUUUUUUUUACACAUUGAUGAAACAAAACUGUGCAUCAAAUGUUCCCUUUAGAGUCAGAAACCCUAAGAUCACUUGUGAGAACUCUUCAUGAGGCAUCAAGUCAUAAAUCUUUGAAGUGGUACACUUGCCCUUUUGAUUUUAGCAAAGAUAUAUAUGUUUUCAGAUGUAUAGCCGCAUCAGACAAAAAAAUUGAAACCUGUAUCAAAUCUUCUAUGACCAUAUAUCUAAGUCCAAGAGUUUAACUCUGGUAAUUCCAACAAAAAUUUCUUUGUCAUCCACAUAAAACUAUAGAAAGCAUAAUUAACAAUUUGAAUAAAUUAGUGCUGAAUAAUUAAAAAAAAAAAGAACAAAAGAAUGAAAUGCAGCAGACUAAACUAGAAAACAAUUUGCAGACUUUUUUCUUACUAGAAUCUUU